UUAAAAAAAAUUUAGCUUUAAAUUUUUCAUUUAUGGUCAUCGAAAUGGUUUUAUCACAAGUUCUCUAAGUAUACAUGAUAUAUAUCAAAAAAAAUUCUUUCUUCUCUAAACUUCGUGUCAAAUUAAAUUCUGUUUAUGAAAUGAAAAGUAUGGAGUAUAAUAAACAAAAGUAUUUUAAUAAGCGAUAGAGGAGACCAAUUAAUUGAAAUUAAGAUUAGUUGUUAUUAGCACAUUUUAGGUAGGUAGGUUAAUGUUUAGUAGUAAAUCUUUUAGUAUGAUUAACUAGUGAGAAAUGAAACAAAAUAUAGACAGAAUGAAUAUUCAAUAUUCACACGCACAGUAUUAGUUUUGAAUUGAGAGACAGUUGGUGUAGUAAAGGAUGAGAAAGAAAUUUUUGUGAUCACAAAUCACUAAGGCAAAAAUCAAAAGUAAAGCAAAAUUAGUAAAUUACCAAUGGCGGUUUCAACUACCACAGCGCCAACUUCAAACUUUAGCUUCUCUAGCUUUCAUUCCAUUUCUCGCCUGUCUCUUUUUCAACUAUAUGCUCUACAUAAAAAGACUUCAUUUUUGUACACCAAAAACAGCAUAAAGAGAAGCUGUGGACAUAGAGGAGUGAGGUGCAUGGUCAUUGAUAGAGGUGCAACAGAGGCUAUAAAAACCAAGAAACAGAAUGGAUAUAAGCUGCAGACAUUGACUAGCUGGUUGUUGAUGCAAGAACAAGAUGGGGUUAUUGAUUCUGAACUUACUAUUGUUAUUUCAAGUACUUCUAUGGCUUGUAAGCAGAUUGCUUCUCUGGUUCAGAGAGCUGGCAUUUCAAAACUUACUGGAGGUCAAGGUGCUGUUAAUGUUCAAGGAGAGGACCAAAAGAAGCUUGAUGUUGUCUCUAAUGAGGUAUUCUCUAAUUGUCUAAGGUCAAGUGGACGGAUAGGGAUUAUAGCGUCAGAGGAAGAAGACGUACCAGUGGCAGUAGAGGAGAGUUACUAUGGAAACUACAUUGUCGUAUUUGAUCCUCUUGAUGGAUCAUCAAAUGUUGAUGCUGCUGUAUCUACUGGCUCUAUCUUCGGAAUAUACAGUCCAAAUGAUGAUUGCCUCGUCGAUCUUGAAGAUACUACCAUGCUUGACAAUGUGGAGCAAAGGUGCAUAGUGAAUGUGUGCCAACCAGGGAAUAACCUUUUAGCAGCAGGCUACUGCAUGUACUCGAGCUCUGUGAUUUUUGUGCUCACGUUGGGAAAAGGAGUCUUUUCUUUCACCUUGGAUCCAAUGUUUGGAGAAUUCAUUCUAACUCAAGAAAACAUCCAAAUACCAAAAGCUGGAAAGAUCUAUGCGUUCAACGAAGGAAACUACCAGCUAUGGGAUGACAGGUUGAAGAAGUACAUCGAUCGCUUGAAGGAACCCGGUCCUAAUUGUAAGCCUUAUUCGGCUAGGUACAUUGGCAGUUUGGUUGGUGAUUUUCAUAGGACACUUUUAUAUGGUGGUAUUUAUGGCUACCCGCGAGACAAAAAGAGCAGGAACGGGAAGUUGAGGCUUUUGUAUGAAUGCGCGCCCAUGAGCUUUAUUGUAGAACAAGCUGGUGGCAAAGGAUCAGAUGGCCAACAAAGAAUUCUUGAUAUUCAACCAGUUGAGAUACAUCAAAGAGUUCCAUUGUUUAUUGGAAGCACAGAAGAAGUUGAAAAAUUGGAGAAGUACUUGUCUUAAUGCAGAUGUCUUAGUGACUUUUUCAACCUCUUUAAUAUUGUAAGCACCAAAAGCUGUAAAUUUGUAUAUUAAUUCAAAUAAAAGCUGUAAAUUUGUAUAUAGCACAAAUGCCUGAAUAAUUAUAGGCUCUUGAAAAGCUAUAGAGUGAUUCAAUUCACUAUA